AUGUCCGCCAACUACGAUGAGAAGGCUUUCUGCGAAUAUCACCAGACCUACGGGCACUUAACGGCACAAUGCCGAAUGUUAGGAGCAAAACUCGCGGCUAAGAUGGCAGCGGGAGAGCUCCAAAACGCGGUCAACCUCAAAGACCUCGUCCUUAAUGAACCACAAGAAAGAGCCGAGCCGAGCGGCGCGGCUGAACCCGCAAAUCCUCCCCGACGAGGCGUUAACUACAGGCGCGACAGGAGAGGCGAACCUGAAGAGCAACCCGAGCCAAGAUACCGUGUCCUCCAUCAAAGCCCAUCAGCGCCGAGCCGAGCGAAGGAGAAUUGGACAGAACCAACCGACAUCCCAAAUACAGUGAUCUCCUUCGCCGAGGAGGAAACGGCAGGAAUCGAUAGACCCCACAACGAUUCGUUGGUAAUUGAGUUAACAAUCAGGGAUCAUGACGUAGCGAGGGUGCUCAUCGAUACUGGAAGCUCGGUGAACGUCAUCUUCAGGGAGACACUCAGAAGAAUGGGAAUCGACCUCUUCGAGGUGGAAGCAAUCCCCAAACCUCUAACCAGAUUUUCAGGAGAAACGACGAUGACUAUGGGAACGAUCAGGCUCCCUGUGGUAGCAGGCGGAGUCACUAAGAUCGUUGAAUUCUGCGUCACUGAUCACCCUGCAAUCUACAAUGUGAUUAUGGGAACUCCAUGGAUCAACGGGAUGAGGGCG